CUCCAUCUCACCAAAGUCCAUUCUUCCAGUCUUCUUCCUGAUCACAGUAUCGAGCUAGACUUACACUGCAAUCAAGUUAGUGCAAUGUCGACGGUCAGUUCCUGCACCCUCCUGAGCGGCGGGCCGGCGGUGCGGCCAGCGAAUUUCUCCAGCGGCCAGCUUCAGUCUGGGAGACCAGCAGCGGUGGCUCCCCUUUCUUCCCAAAGGAGGUCCCGGGCUCUAUCUGUAUGUUGUGCGAUCAACCCAAAGGGGGAGCACAGCCCAAAGACGGAUUUACAUCCAUUUAACAUAUCUCCCGUCAUUCUGGUGCACCCGGUGCCACCACGAGAGGAGCGGUGGCAGCUGGAGGAGGAGGUGGCCAAAGUGAACCUGUGGUUCGAGGUGCCUGGACAGUCCAAGGAAGACCUCGCCGUCGAGAUCGACGAGGACGUGCUCGUCAUCAAGAAGAAGACCAACGUCGGCGGCGGGGGCAUGGGCCAACAAACCGGCGGCGGCACGGAUUAUCGUCACUACCAGGCCAACAAACAGGACACGACAGCCGCCAGCGAAGCCAGCAAGGAAGCGGCGCAGGACGGCGAGGUAAUCUACGCGCGGCUGCUCCUCCCGGCGGGGUACAGCAGGGAGGGCGUGGAGGCUGAGCUCAAGUCCGGCGUGCUGAAGGUCAGCAUCGCCAAGAUCAAGGAGCAGGCGCGCAGGAAGAUCAGCGUCAACAUCGUCGUCAAGUAAUGCGUGUAACGCGCAUGCAUGGCAUGCAUGAAUGAGUGCAUUUGACCUGUCCAACAGGCUCUUGAACAAACUACUACGUUCUACGCACAUCGGUGGAUCUAUUGUACUCAAUUGAUCGUACCGAACUUAUGUGCGCACGAUUUGUCUUUCCGGAUACCGAAUGAAUAAAAUGAGCAUUUUAUGUUUCUCACACAAUGCAAAUCUAUCUAUCA